AAUAUUUAUUCCUUGUCUCCUGGGAUGAAGCUGCUCUAUCUAUUGUCCUCCCAGUUCUCAGUGCUGAUGCUUAAUUUUCAAAACUUCGAUAUUACCAAGGGACCUACGACAUCAGCCAAAGAAAUACCCAGCAAGUACAAAAUCGGAUCCGGGGAGCUGCCUUUGUGCAGAGGGGGAAAUUGUUCCUACAGGUUUUCCGUGGAGGGGAGGAAAAAGAAGCCGGAGAGCCCGGCUUAUAGGCAGGAAGGGAAGAAGGAAGAGGAAGCCAAGCAGGAAGAAGGAAGGCAAGGCUUUUGGUCUCUUUCAAAGCCUUGCAAACACCUUCCUAUUAUUCUCACAUUUGGGGGAACACUUGAAACGCCUGGAUUUCUUAAUAUAUAUAUUAUUAUUAUUAAUAUUAUAUAUCUCAUGGUCAUUUGAAACUGAGAGCAAGGAUUUCGUCUUGAGCCGAACCCAAAAUGUCAACUACCUUUCCAGGACUCGUCCACGACGCGGAGAUCCGCCAUGACGGCUCCAACAGCUACCGCUUGAUGCAGCUGGGCUGCCUGGAGUCCGUGGCCAACUCCACCGUCGCCUACUCGUCCACCUCGCCGCUGACUUACUCGGCCACGGGCACGGACUUCGCCUCGCCCUACUUCUCGGCCAACCCGCACCAGUACACGCCGCUGCACCACCAGUCCUUCCACUACGAGUUCCAGCACGGGCACCCGGCCGUGGCCCCGGACGCCUACUCGCUCAACUCGCUCCACCACUCGCAGCAGUACUACCAGCAGCUGCACCAUGGCGAGCCCGGGGACUUCCUCAACCUGCACAACGCGCGCGCCCUCAAGUCCUCGUGCCUCGACGAGCCGCCGCCCCGGCGCGAGCUGGGCUGCCUCGACGCCUACCGCCGACACGACCUCUCGCUCAUGAGCCACGGCUCCCAGUAUGGCAUGCAUCCCGACCAGCGCCUCCUCCCCGGCACCAGCCUCGGACUGGCCGCCUCCGGAGCAGACGAGCUGCAGGGCUCCGUGGAAGCCCAAUGUGGACUCAUGCUGAACGGCCAAGGAGGGGUGAUAAGGAGAGGUGGCACAUGUGUAGUUAACCCCACGGAUCUCUUUUGCUCUGUUCCUGGGCGCUUAUCUUUACUCAGCUCCACUUCCAAAUACAAAGUGACCAUCGCAGAGGUGAAGAGACGCUUGUCGCCCCCAGAAUGCCUCAACGCCUCUCUGUUGGGAGGCAUUUUGAGAAGAGCAAAAUCCAAGAAUGGAGGACGUUGCUUACGAGAAAAACUGGACAGACUGGGUCUCAAUUUGCCUGCUGGAAGGAGGAAAGCAGCCAACGUCACCCUCUUAACAUCUUUGGUAGAAGGAGAAGCUUUACAUUUGGCCAGGGAUUUUGGCUACACCUGUGAAACGGAAUUCCCAGCCAAAGCAGUUGGGGAACAUCUUGCAAGGCAACACAUGGAACAGAAGGAACAGACAGCAAGGAAAAAGAUGAUCUUAGCAACCAAGCAAAUAUGUAAAGAAUUCCAGGACCUGCUAAGCCAAGAUAGAUCACCUUUGGGAUCCUCAAGACCCACUCCAAUAUUAGACCUUGACAUCCAGAGACAUUUAACACAUUUCAGUUUGAUCACUCAUGGCUUUGGAACUCCAGCUAUAUGUGCUGCCCUCAGCACUUUCCAAACUGUUCUCAGUGAAAUGCUGAACUACUUGGAAAAGCACACAGCGCACAAAAAUGGUGGAGCAGCAGAAUCUGGCCAAGGACAUGCCAACUCAGAGAAGGCCCCCCUGCGGAAAACUUCAGAGGCUGCUGUGAAAGAGGGCAAAACAGAAAAGACAGACUAGCGACAUCAAACAGAAUCUAUUUCCAGAGAACCUUCCUGCUGAUAUUUUUUUAAAACAUAUAUCUAUCUAUAUAUAUCUAUCUAUAUCUAUAUCUAUAUAUCUCAUUGAGGGUGACUUUACUCCACUGGACCAAACCGACUGGGGGGAAAAAAUGUGUGGUUUUUUUUCAAACUCACCAGCCCUAGCAACCAGGAAGACAGUGAUGUAGAGUAACCAUGUGAUGGCGUCGUUGUCACUUUUUAAAAGCAUUGCUCUCCAGCCUGCAUUCUGUGUGUACGUAUGCGUGUGUGAGUGUGUAUGUGUGAACAUACAUUUAAUCAUCGUGAGAGUCUGACACCGUUUAGACGUGGAAGAAGCAGCACAAUACUAACUUGUUCUAUGCCGAUCCUGAAACACUUUAGUGAUUGGACAGCGCCACCGCAAACUAAGAAAAAAUGAUAUCAUGGGUUACGCAGCUCCUGGUGUCACAUACAUGAAACAGGAAACUGAGCACCAUUCUGUUGCUCUUGAGAGACAAUAUGGAAGAAUAUCUGGGGUGAGAAAUGGAAGAACCCGAAGGCCUUGAGAACAGCAAGCACUGUGUUGGUGGGACUAAAUACUGAAGUCUGAGGGGUUUAUGGGAAAUUCAUGUCAAGACUAUGCCCAUCAAGUCUUUCUUUUUCAAGGAGCAUUUGGUAUCUUCUUUUGGGUGGGUGGCACAGAUUAAAAUGUCCAAUAGUCUAUCUCUCUGGUUAAGAGACAUCAGAAUCCACAAUGGCCUAACCUUUUGACCAUCUCCCACUUUCCUGCUAGCCUUGAUCUCAGUAUCUAAAUUCAAAGUUUGCAGAAAGCUACAUGCUAUUGCAUGCUCUGCUAGGUUAAAAUAAGUGACUGGAAAACUCUAUUGCAUUGGUUUGAUGCUUCCAUCUUUGAUUGUCAUGCCUUUAAGAAUUUUAGUAAUCUAACCAUGAAUGAUAGCUCCAUUCAAAGGUUCCCCAGAAGGAUGUGAACCAGUAUUGUUCCUAGGUGCUCUAAACCAGUGGUUCUCAACCUGGGGUCCCCAGAUGUUUUUGGCAUACAACUCCCAGAAAUCCCAGCCAAAUCACCAGCUGUUGGGAUUUCUGGGAGUUGGAGGCCAAAAACAUCUGGGGACCCCAGGCUGAGAACCACUGCUCUAAACUCUUUUGAUGUUAUGCCUUUAAAAGCCUACACUAAGCAGGCCCUGGUGUCACAUCAGAAACACCUAAUGUCUACUAUAGACAUAGUGGAGCUGACCACAUGCGGAAUCAGGUUAAGGUCAUCAGUCCAGACAGGCAGCAUUAUGCUCCCAUUCACGCUCAGUCAAAGACUGGCUGAACAUUGUCAGUAUUUUUAUAAAACUUUGUCGCAGACCAGCACACAAUUAAAUUCAUAUACUGAACAGAAGUGUUGGUCUGUAAUCCACAAUAGUCAGUAAUUUACAGUUUCCAGCAAAAA